AUGGCUGGUCAGCCCCACAAGCCCCAGCAGUUCCUUGGGGCUACAGGCACGUGAAGCAGGAGGCCAGUGGCAGAGCUUGGACCGCUCUCCCAGUCCAGUCCCACCAUGGACCCUGCGUAUAAGAUGGGUCACAUUCGCAAGCUGCAGGCAUAGCACAUACAGAUGCAAGAGAAGACUUUCACCAAGCAGAUCAACAAUAUCUUCCAGCACGGCCGGGUGGGCAUCAAGAUCCAGAACCUGUACACAGAGCUGGCUGAUGGCACCCACCUGCUGCGGCUGCUGGAGCUCAUCUCGGGGGAGGUCCUGCUACCCCCCAACCGGGACCACAUGCGCAUACACUUCCUAGAGAACAGCAGCCGAGCUCUGGCCUUCCUCAGGGCCAAGGUGCCAGUACCCCUCAUUGAGCCAGAGAACAUCAUGGAUGGAGACCAGACGCGCAUCCUGGGACUCAUGUGAGUCAUCAUUCUGUGUUUCCAGUUUUCCCACAUCUCCCUGGACAGGGAGGAGUUUGGGGCCAGCACAGCCCUGCUGUCUGCCAAGGAGGCUCUGCUGCUCUGGUGCCAGCAGAAGACGGCCAGCUACGCCAACGCCAACAUCACUGACUUCUCCCGCAGCUGGAGUGAUGGGCUCGGCUUCCGUGCCCUCAUCCAUGCCCACAGGCCAGAUCUGCUUCACUACGGCUCCCUGCGUCCCAACCGCCCACGGCACGACCUCCACUGUGCUUUCCGCGUGGCUGAGCAGGAGCUGGGCAUCGCUCAGCUGCUGGACCCCGAGGACGUGGUGGCCCUACAGCCCGAUGAGCGCUCCAUCAUGACUCACGUCUCCUUCUAGUACCACCACUUCUCCCACCUGCACCAGGGGCAGACUGUCCAGAGGAGACUCGCGAAGAUCCUGCUUCAGCUCCAGGAGACAGAGGCUCUGCAGACCCAGUGCGAACAGCUGGUGGCCAACCUCCUGUGGUGGAUCGCAGAGAAGCCGGUGCAGCUGGAGGCCCGGGAUUUCCCAGACACCCUGCCAGGCAUGUGCCAGCUGCUGGUGGCCUUUGCCUCCUUCCGCACCCAGGAGAAGCCACCGAGGCUGCAGCAGCGAGGGGCCACGGAGGCCCUGCUCUUCCGGCUGCAGAUGGCACUCCGAGCCCAGAAUCGCAGGCACUUCCUGCCGCACGAGGGCCUGGGCCCUGCAGAGCUGUCCCAGAGUUGGGCAGGCCUGGCGCAGGCAGAGGCCUCGUGGAGCCAGGCCCUACAGCAGAGGUUCCUGCAACUAGAGAGGUUGGAAACCCUGGCCCGGCGCUUCCAGCGUAAGGCGGCCCUCCAGGAGAGCUUUCUGACAGACACAGAGCAGGUGCUGGACCGGGCCGCAGCCCCGCCGGCCAGCCCGGCCACAGUGGAAGCAGCCACCCAGAGGCUGCGCAUGCUGGAGGCCAGCAUCCUGCCCCAGGAGGGGCGCUUCCAGGCCCUGGCCGAGAUUGCAGACAUCCUCCAUCAGGAGCACUACCAUGGCUGGGCAGAGGUGGCCUGCAGGCAGUUGGAGAUCACUCAGUGCUGGGAGCGGCUCCUUCCGCGGCUCCAAGGGCAGAGGAAGCAGAUGGCAGGCAUGCAGGCUGUGCUGAGCCUGCUGCAGGAAGUAGAUGCCUCCAACCAGCUCAGCCAGCUGCAGGUGCUGGCCAUCUCCAUGGCCUGUGGGCAGCAGCUGGCAGAGGUAGUGGAGCUGCUUCAGGGGCAUGACCUGCUGGAGGCCCAGAUCUCGGCCCAUGGCACCCACGUGAGCCAUCCUGCCCACCAGACAAUGAAGCUGGAUUCUUCCCUGGGCACUAGUGUGGAAGUGCUGCAGGCCAAGGCCAGGGUGCUGGCCCAGCUCCACCAGAGCCUGGUGUCUCUUGCCAGGUCCCGGCGGGCCUUGCUGGAGCAGACCCUGCAGCGGGCAGAGCUCCUGCACAACUGUGAGGAGGAGGAAGCCUGGCUGAGGGAGCGGGGACAGCUGGUGGAGGAUGCGGCCCUGGGCCCGGAUCUCAGCCAGAUCGCUGCGGCCCUGCAGCAACACGAGGCCCUAGAAAACGAGCUCCGCCGCCACCAGGCCGUGUGCACUGAUCUCGUGCGGAGGGGACGCGACCUGGGUGCACGCGGGCCCCGAUCACGGCGGUGCAGGGCGCGCGGCAGAGGCUCUGGGCCCGGGCGGCGGGGCGCGCGGCUGCAGGCGGCCCUGCUCGUCCAGCAGUACUUCGCCGACGUGGCGGAGGCAGCCUUGUAGCUCCGGGAGCGGCGGUCAGCGCUGGAGAGCACGUCCUUUGGGCAGGACCAGGCAGCCGAUGCCCUGCUGUGGCGCCACCUGCGGCUGGAGCGCGCAGUGCGCGCCUUUGGGGCCGAGCUGCGGCGAUUGGACGAGCCCGCGGGGCGGCCGCAGCCCGGGCGUCGUCGCUCCUGGUGCGUGGUGUCUGCCCUGAGCUCUCCGAAAGAAGGCCCAAGAAACCCAGGGGCCCCGCGUGAGGUUUCCUGCUACUCUGGCCCCCAGGGCACCCAGAAGAUGGCCCUCCCAGAUGAGCCUGACCCUGACUUUGACCCCAACACCAUCCUCCAGACACAGGACCACUUGAGCCAGGACUAUGAGGGCCUGCGGACCCUGGCAGAGCACCGCAGGGCCCGGCUGGAGGAGGUGGUGGCCCUGUUUGGCUUCUGUGGCUCCUGUGGGGAGCUGCAGUCCUGGCUGGCAAACCAGACAGGGCUGUUCCGAACACUGCCGCCCCAGGACAACUUGGAGGUCAUGCAGCUCAAGUAUGAGAAAUUCUUCACUGCCCUGGCUGUGGGAAGAGGCCUCUGGGCUGAGGUUAGCAGCUCCACUGAGCAGAUGAAGCAGAGAUGUCCUGGAGAUUUCCCCAAAAUCCAGCGACAGCAGGAGGAACUGAGCUGGAGGUGGGAGCAGCUGGAGGCCCUGAAGAAAGAGAAGGAAACACAGCUGGCGUGCACCAUGCAUGUGUGCAGUUUUCUGCAGGAGUGUGGAACCACAUGGGUCCAGUUGCAAGACAUGAUACUCCAGCUAGAAACCCUGGAGCCGGGGCACUUAGAGGACAGCCACCGCUGUCAAGUGAGCCAGCAGAAGAUACUGGCGCGGGAGAGAGGCAAAGGGCCGCUAGCGAGUACGGCCUGGGUUCGGGUCGAGGACCUGGGCCCCACAGAGGGCCAGUCCCUGCAGGGUCAGGUGGAGACGCCUCAGGGGCUGCUGGAGCGAGUGCAGGAGCAAGUGACCCAACAGUCCGGGGCCCAGGCCGAGGCACAGGCCCACCAGGGCUUCCUGCAGGGGAGCUGGCGGCUGCUGCGGUCAGGCGGUGUCUGGGCUCAGCUGCACAGCGAGGAAGAGGAGGUGGUGGACGUGGCCUCAGCCUAGCGGCUUCUGGCGGAGCACCAAGACCUGCUGGAGGAGAUUCACCUAAAGCUGGAGAGGCUGCAGCAGCUGAAGGCUCAGGGCCAGCCCAUGGCAGCCUUGGACUCCCCAGACUCCUGAGAGGCAGCCAGUAUCCUGAGGCUCCUGGGCCAGCAAGGCAGGGAGUUGAAGGCAGCCUGGGAGCAAAGACAGCAGCGGCUGCAGGAGGGGUUGAAGUUGCAGAGGUUUUGUCGAGAAGUGGAUGUUUUCACUGCCACCUGUGCCAACCACGAGACCUUCCUACAGCUGGACAGCCUCGUGGAGGACGUGGGGGAGGCCCAGAGCCUGCUGCAGCGGCGCCAGGAGUUUGAGCGGCUCCUGGAUGCCCUGGGCCCUCGAGCAGAGGAUCUGCGAGCACGUGGCAAGAAGCUGGCUCAGAGCCAACACAAUGGAGCCUCCCCAUAUCCUCCCCCACUCUGCCUGCCCUCCCGGGUCCGAGAGCAGCUGCCGCGCAUCCAGGCACAGUGGACCAGGCUCCAGGAGCGUGCGGCCUGGGUUCGGCAGCUGCUGGCUUCCCUCCAGCUGCAGGAAUGGAAGCAGGACGUGGCAGAGGUGAUGCUGUGGAUGGAGGAGAAGUGGCGGAUGCUGGCAGACGAGCCAUCCCGAGCUGGCAACAUCCUGCAGAAACUCAGGUGGAACAAAACAGCUGAGCGUGAGCUGGUGGCCACCCAGGGGCACGUGGAGGGCCUGCAGCAGGUUGGGAGAGAGCUGUUGAGCAGCAGGCCCCGUGCCCAGGAGGACGCGCAGGCCGGGCUUCAGGGCCUGAGCAGCAAGUGGGAAGAGUUGAACCGCCAAAUGGCAGAACAUGGGAAGCAGCUCCGGCGGGCUCGGCAGCAGGACCAGCUCCUGGGGCUGCUGCAGGAAGCCAAGGAGAAGAUGGAGCAGCUAGAGGGGGCCCUGCAGAGUGCAGAAAUGGGGCAGGACCCGGGCUCAAGCCGGGGGCUGCAGAGACAGCACCGUCAGCUGGAGGCCGAGAGCCAGGCACUGGCCAGCAAGAUGGCUGCCCUCGUUCCCCAGGCCCACCAGGUGGUCAAUACCCAGACCAUCGUGGAGGAGACCCAGAAGUACCUCCAGAGGUUCGAGUCCCUUCAGGGAUGUCUGGCCGCCCGGCGACUGCAGCUGCAGGCCUCCGUUGAACUGUACCAGUUCCACCACCUGAGCGACAUGGAGCUCACUUGGGUGGCAGAGCAUACGCCUGCACCCAGCGCUGGCUCCGAUAAAUACUUGGAUGGUGCCCACAGUCUUCUCCGCAAGCACGAGGAGCUCCGCGCGGAGGUGAAAGCCCACCAGGGACAGGUGCGACGGGUGCUGGGUUCCGGCCGCAGCCUUGCAGCCUCAGGGCGCCCCCAGGCCCAGCACAUCGUGGAGCAGUGCCAGAAGCUGGAAGGCCGCUGGGCGGAGCCGGAGCAGGCCUGUGAGGCGCGACUCUGGGCCCGGAGCUGCUGGGUCCCCAUGGGCAAAGAAACCUCUUUUUGCUGCCUGCUGGAGAGCAGUGGCGUGAUGUCCCCAAGGGGUGAUGGCGGGUCCCAUCUGAGAUCGUCAAGUCAUCAAUUUUAUACACAUCACUGUAUACAUGUCAAUCCCAAUCGCCCAAUUCAGCACACCACCAUCGCCACCCCACCGCAGUUUUCCCCCCUUGGAUGGUAUUUCCUGGACGUAUCAGAGCUGGAGGACUGAGUGGAGGAGAAGUGGCCUCUGGUGAGCAGUCAGGACUGUGGCGGGGAUGAGACAGCCACGGUCAGGCUCAUCAAGAAGCACGAGGCCCUGCAACAGGAACUGGCUUAUUGGAGCUCCAUGGAGGAGCUUGACCAGAGAGCCCAAACCCUCACUGGCCCCGAGGCCCCUAUGCAGCUGGGCGUGGUGCAGGAGAGGCUCUGGGAGCGGCUGCGGGCACUGCAGGAGUUGGCAGCCACACGGGAGCGGGAGCUGGAGGGGACCCUGAAGAUGCACGAGUUCACGAGGGAGGCCGAGGACCUGCAGGGCCAGCCGGCCAGCCAGAAGCAGGCAGUCAGAGGAGGAGAGAGCCUUGGGGAGGACUACCAGGACGCUCUGCGCUUCUGCACCAAGUUUGUAAAGUUUCAGCACCAAGUAGAGAUGGGGGGCCAACGGGUGGCAACCCGCCAGCAGCUGGCAGAGAGCCUGCUAGAAUGUGGGCACAGCGCUGCCCCUCAAGCCCAUCAGAUGCAGCAGGAUCUGCAGGCUGCCCGGUUGGAGCUGUGGGUGCUGACUCAGGGCCUGCUCCAAGAUGCUGAGAUCACCCUCAAAGUUCACAGAGGUCUGUUGGAAGCCCUCACCCAGGUCCAGGAGAAAGCCAUAAGCCUCCCCUGUGGUGUGGCCCGGGACCUGUGUGGGCUGGGGGCCCAGCUGAGGAGACACGAGGGGCUGGAGCGUGAACUCGUGGGCACUGAGCGCCAGCUGCAGGAGCUGCUGGAGACUGGAGGGACGGUGCAGAAGCUGGGGCCCCAAGCGGUGCAGCAGAGGCAGCGGGCCCUGGUGCAGGCUUGGGAGACCCUGAAGCUGCACGUGGAGCAGCACCGGGUCCAGCUGGAGUGGGCAUGGCUCCUGGCCCGCUUCCAUGCAGCGGUGCGGGACUGCACCUCCUGGGCGCGUGUGUGACAGGAGCUGCAGGUGGAGGAGAUCUCCCAGGAGCCCGGCAGUGGCCCGCUGAAGCUCAGCGCCCACCAACAGCUUCGGGCAGUGCCGGAGGCCCAGGAGGAGCUGCACCAGCAGGCUGCCCGUGGCCAGCAGGCACUUUUGGCUGCAGGGACAUCCAUCAAGGAGGUCCAGGAAGGGCUGCAAGUCCUGCGGCACAAACAGGAGCAGGUGUUCCAGGCCUAGCAGAAACAGGAGAGGCUGCAGGCCAGGCACCGGGAGCUGCUCUUCCUCAGAAAGUGCGGCCACCUGGACGAGACCCUCACGGCCCGGGAGGUCUUCCGGAGAACCAGUGCCCUGGGGAGCUCCGUGGAACAGGUGGAGCAGGUGAUUCGCAAGCAUGAGACAUUCCAGAAGGUGCUGACUGCCCAGGACGAGAAGGCGGCUCUGUGUGAGCAGGUGAAGAUGCUCGGGGGCCCCAGGGUGCAGGACCUGCUCUGCACCAUGCUAGGGCGCCGGGCUCGGGUGAAGGAACUGGCCGAGAUGACUGCCUUCAUCAGGGCCGCCAUCCAGGCCAAGGACAGGAUCCAGGAGUGACUCCAGCAGCUGAAAGAACCAGUCCCUCCUGGGGACCUGAAAGAUAAGUUGAGGCACGUGCAGAAACACCAGGCCUUCGAGGCUGAGGUCCAGGCCCAUGAGGAGAUCAUAACCUCUGUUGCCAAGGGGGGCGAGGCUCUCCUAGCACAGAGCCACCCUCUGGUGGGAGAGGUCUCCCAGAGGCUGCAGCACCGAGAAAAGCUGAAGCAGGCGGUGGCUCUCCGGGGCCAGGACCUGGAGGACAAGCGGAACUUCCUGGAGUUCCUGCAGAGAGCGGACAUUGCAGAGGCCUGGAUCCAGGAGAUGGAGGUGAUGGUGAACAUCGGCGACCUGGGCCAGGACCUUGAGCACAGCCUGCAGCUCCACAGGCGGCUCCGCAAGCUCCGAGGAGUCAGGGCCGGGGACACGGUGGAUGAUGCCCACAUCAGGAGCAUCAAUGACUUGUCCCUGCAGUUCAAGAACCAGGACCCUGAGCAACUCAAGACCACCUGCCAGCGGUGACAGCAGCUCAACAACAGGUGGAACGGUUUCCAUGGCAACCUGCUCUGGUACCAACGGCAGCUUGAAGGGGCCCUGGAGAUACACACGUUGUCCCAAAAGCUGGAUGACCUCACUCAGCAGAUCGGGGAGGAGGCCACCCUGGUCCAGGCCCUGGACUGUGGGAAAGAUCUGGCGAGCAUGCAGAGGCUGAGGCGGAAACGCGAGGAGUUGGAGCAGGAAAUAGGCCUCAUCCAGGCCCAGGUGGAGCCUGUAGAGCAUGAGGUAGGCCGCUUCCGCCAGAGAAGCCCUGAGGCUGCCCACAGCCUGGGCCGCAAGCAGCAGGUGAUGAUGGGCAGCUGGUGGCAGCUCUGGAGUGGGGCCCAGAAGCGGUACAAACCCCCAGGCCUCUUUCCCUCACUGCUCUCGCUGACCCAUCCCCUGCAGCGUCUCAAUCCCCACCCUUCCCUAAGAGUCUGUCUCCAUCCUUCUAAUAACCAUCUGUAUCGCCACCCUAUUAACUCCCAGCCCAUGGGCCCUUCUUUGGCUGAGGGGAUUCAGGGACAGAAGGCACUGGUGGGGGAAAGGGGCUCAGAGGCCCUAGGACUAGCUGAUGAACCCUAUGGCAGGAAGGAGUCGCUGGAUGCCUUGCACCAAGCUCAGAAGCGGCAGGCAACGCUGCAGGAAUUGAUGAUCUGGGCCCAGAGGCUGUGAGCUGAGAUGGACGCCCAGAGCACCCCCAGCAGCUUUGCGGAUGCCCAGAGCAUGUUGGAGGAAAACCAGGAGCGCAAGGCCAAGCUGGAUGCCCGAACAGACAGCAUCAGCCUGGCCCAAAGCACUGGGCAACGACUGCUUGCCGCCUGGCAUGCAUCCACCCCCGACAUCCGCCAGGCCCCGGCUGGUUUAGACCAGGAGCUGAACAGCCUGGAAGGGGCCUGGCAGGAGCACCAGCUCCAGCUGCAUCCCUUGGAGCUACAGCUGGUUCUGAGCUCUUUGGAGCAGGUGGAAAGUUGGCUCUGCAGCCUGGAAGCCUGCCCAGCCAGUGGGGGUCUGGGGGACUCCUUGCUUGACGUGGAAACACUGCUGUGGAAGAUGCAUGAGCGAGACCUGGAGGCACAGGCGGAGACGAUCAGCGCGCUGGAAGCCUCCACCCUCAGCCUGCACCAGGGUGGACAGCCCGAGGCCCAGGGUGCCCUGGGCCGGUGCCAGGCCAUGCUCCUGAGGAAAGAGGCACUCCUGGAGCAAGCCAGGACCCAUCACCGCCAGCUGGAGGAGCUCGGGCAGCUGCAGGCUUCCCUGCAGGGUUCCUAUGAGGUGGCCGCAUGGCUGAGGGAGAAGAACCUGGUGGUCCUGGAAGAGGGCUGGCAGGCCCCAGCCGGGCUGCAGGCACAGUUGUGGCGGCAGCAGGAUCUCCAGGCCGAGCAGGACACGAGUGUACACCACCAGCAAAGGCUGCAGACGGAGGGGCAGAGGCUGCUGCGGGAUGGCCACACAACCUCAGAGGCCAUCCAGGAGCGGCUGCAGGAGCUGAGAGAACUCUGGGAGAAGCUACAGGCCAACUGUCAGAGGAAGGCAGCCAAGCUACAGGAGGCCCUGGAGCGGGCUGGAUGCAGCUCUAGACUCUCCCCCUCGUGCCCACCUCACAUUCUGCCCCAGGCCCUGUGUCUCCGGCGGAGCGUGGAGGAACUGGAGAAGUGGCUGGAGCCCGUGGAGCUCAAACUGAGAGCCCCCAUCGGGGGCCCAGAGCAGCCUGGGCUGGACGAGCUCAUGGGGGCUCAGGGAGAGCUGGACAGGCAGGCCGGGCCCGCACAGGCCUUUGUCCGGGAAGGCCACUGCCUGGCUCAAGACGUGGAAGAGCAGGCUCAGCGGCUGCUUCAGAGGUUCGAGAGCCAGCGGGCGCCCCUGCGGGAGCGCAGGACAGCCCUGGAGGCCCGGAGCCUCCUCCUGCAGUUCUUCAGGGACGCCGAAGAGGAGAUGGCCUGGGUGCGGGAGAAGCUGCCCCUGACGGCCGCCCGGGACUGCGGCCAGAGCCCUGCGGCCAUCCCCCGUCUUCCUCCGACUCUGCAGAACCUGGAGACUGAGAUGAGCAGCCACGAGGCUCUGACCCGGGCGGCGGCGGGCACAGGGCGCGAGCUGGUGCAGGCUGGGCACUUUGCCGCCCGCGACGUGGCUGCCCGGGCGCGGCAGCUGGAGGAUGCCGUGGGCCACCUGCAGGCAGAGGCUGCGCAGAGGCGACAGCGGCUGCAGCAGGCUCAGGAGGCCCAGCAGUCCCUGAUGGAGCUCCCAGAGGCAGAAUCCUGGCUGGAAGAACGGGGCUGUGUUCAAGAACGGGACAUCGAGGAUAUGGGCCAGAGUGCCGAGGCCACGCAGGCCUUUCUGCGGUGGCUGGAGGCCACCAGGAGAGACCUGGAGGGGUUCAGUAUGUGCAUCGAGAGGCUGCAGCAGACAGCAGCCCUCCUCGAGAGCGGGCAGAACCCAGAAACCCCCAAGUUGCUCGCCCUGAUGCUCACGGUGAGGGACACCCACUCGGGGCUGUGGCAGAGAGCGGAGGGCAGGGAGCAAGGCCUUCGGGAGCAGCUGCAGCUCCACCAACUGGAGUGGGAGGCCCUGCUCCUGGACGCCUGGCUGGCGAGCAAGGUGGCCACUGCCGAGUCCCAGGACUACGGGCAGGACCUGGAGGCCGUCAAGGUGCUGGAAGAGAAGUUCGAUGCUUUCAGAAAGGAAGUCCAGAGCCUGGGACAGGCCAAGGUGCAGGCCCCGCGGAAGCAGGCAGGCUCCUUGGAAUGGGCGGCACCCAGGUGCUCUCCCCAGAUUCAAGGGCAGCGGAGUCACAUCGAGGCCGCUUGGGAGAGACUGGACCGGGCAGUGAAAGCCCGCACACAGAACCUGGCCAUGGCCCGUGAGGUCUGUGGCGUUGAGCAGGCGGCAGCCGAGCUCCGGGGCUGGAUGCAGGAGAAGGUGGCCCUGGUGGCAAGAGAUGCCUGUGGCCGCAGCCCGGCGCCGGUGCAGACCCUGCAGCAACAGCACAGAUGCCUGGAGAGGGAACCGGCAGCGAUGGAAAAGGAGGUGGCCCAGGUGCAGAUGGAGACCUGCCAGCUGGGCCAGCUACACCCUGUGGCUCAGGAGGGCCUGGCCAAGCAACUGGCUGAGGUGCAGGAGGCCUGGGCCACCCUGAAUGUGAAGGUCCAGGAGCGGGGUCAGCUGGAGGAGGCUGCCCAGGGCCACGCCUUCCUCGGACGCUGUCGGGAACUGCUAGCAUGGGCUCAGGGGAAGCAGGGGCUGGUGUCCUCAGAGGAGCUGGCUGGGGAUGUGGCUGGGACUGAGCGGCUCCUGGAGCUGCUUGAGGAGCUGGGGCAACAAGUCAAGGGGCACUGCCAUCAAGCCCAGAAUGUACAGCAGGAAGGGCAGCAGCUGGUGGACAAUGGCCACUUCAUGUCCCUGGAGAGCGCCCCGUCCCCCCAGAUGACAGAGUGCCUGCAGGAGCUGGACGGUCGGCCGCGGGCACUCAGGGAGGCCUGGGCCCUGCGCCGGGAGCGCUGUGAGGGGAGCUGGCAAUUGCAGAAGCUGCAGCAGGGGCUGGACCAGGCCGAGGCCCGGCUGGCCUGCCGGGAGGACCUCCUGCUGGACCCCAACGGCGUGGUCUGGGCCCUGAAGUGAACCUGCAGGUGGCACCAAGCCUCAGGGCUACAAGCGAGGACACCCUCAAGGGGACAAGGAGACCCAGCUAUCAGGCCCCUGGGACCAACUUCUGGAAUAGACGGUUAGGAGACAGGCCCCACCAAGGUCACAGCUUGCUGAAGUCACACCGUUAGUACUGGUCUGUCUUUGGCUCAUCUGAUCCCAGGUCUGGCCCACCCCUAUCAAUCAUGGGACAGGAAGCAGCAGCCCUUUGCCUGAGUCCCUGGGUGAGGAAGACAGGAGUGCUGGCUGUCACUGCCUGCGAGUCACCUGGGCAGGGCCAGGGCUGCAGCAGCAAGACCCGCCCCCCAGGCUAAACUGGCCACCUCUCUGCUUGGAGCGAGUGGGCCGGAGUGGAGUAGACACUGCCAUGAGCUCACAGCCUGCUCUUCAGGGGAAGCCCAAGCUGACUUGCCAGCUCUAUAAGUGACGUGUGACGUGUGGAUGUGAGGGGGAGAAGGUGAACCCAGACCCUGGCGGGGACACCCUUGGGGAAGCAGCACAGCGGAUUCACAGGACCAGGAAAGCGGUGACUGAAGAGGCUCCAGGGGCGGACCCAACGCCAUCGAUCCACUUCCUCCUCUCAGCCUCUCCCUCACCCACCCAAAAAUGACUCUAAAGGGGACAGGAAUGGUGCCCCCAUCUCUUCAAGCUCCACCUUCAUCAGGGGCUCCUGAAAACCAUGAAGGCUCCAGUCACAAAGAUGGGACACCCCGUUUCCUUCAACCCAGCCCAAGCCACGUCCCAUGACAGCCCCAUGCUCCCUUGGGCCCCAGCCAUCUCCACAGGGGCCAGGCCUGAGGCCUGAAGACAGGGAUGCUCAGAGGACUCCUCUCCCCAGAGCCUGGCCUGGCAUUUGUCCAGGGCCUGGCCCAAGGACAGAAGCCACUACAGAAGCAGGCCAGCCCUUCAAGGCCUAGGGCCUGGGCCCAGCCCCGCCCGUGCAUCUGGCUUUCUUCCUCUGGGUGACCAGUACCUGGGAUGUAGGGAAGACAAGUCUCACCACUUGGUCAGAGGGCAGUACCCUCAGAGGCACCUUCAGCUGCUCUUGGGGCGCAUCCUGCAGGAAGGAUGAAGAGGACUUAAGAAUCUCCACCCUUCCAUUCCAGCAAAGCCUCACCAAUUGCCCCGGGAGUGACAGAGAAGUAGCCGGAAGGGGGACAGGAGGCUGAGGUCAACCCCACACUUCCCAGGAUGCCUGACGCUGCCAGGGACUGAUAGGGAGGGGGCUCGGGGUGAAUACUCAGCUCCUGCUCCCAGCAGGCCGGCCAAUGGAAGCGGAAGGAGCCGGCGCCCACGGAGGCCUCCUGCGGACCCUCACAGGACCCGGGAACCACAAGCUGAACUCCGCCCUCUGACCCUGGAAACAGGAACCAGAGCAGAGAGGCUGGGAGUGGGAUCUCAGCCCACAGAGGCCCCUGUCUUGCCUAAGGGGCCUGGGGGGCGGGGCACUCCCCCCCACUGAGAUGGAGGUCUGGCUCAGACCUGGGCUGGGAGAUGGGGUCCCACCACAGCCCCUCUGAGGACUAAAGGGAAAAGCCCCAGCAUGGAUUCGUCCCCUCACCCCUGCUCCUGGCUGAGAGCUGGGGGCAGCUAGUGCAAGGUUCCCUCCAGGGUCCCCUUAGAAAGGGGAAGACAAGGGCUGAGAGACGGCAGCUCUCCCAGUGGUUCGGGGACUCACCCUGCUGGCCCCCGGCCUUCUCCAGUCGAACAUGCAAGCAGGAGAGCUCCCGGGCCUGGGUCAUUAAGAGAGCCCCUCAGACUCGAGCCCCUCCCCUGCUGGAGACGCCACCCUCCCAACACCCUGGUUCCUGCUCCUCAGCACCUUUUUACCUUGGCCCUGAGUCACCAAACAUUUGCUUGGCGUUGUAGCCUCUGGAACUAAAAUCCCAGCCGCCCCCGCCCCCCCCGCCCAGCAACAGCGCUACCCGACCCCCGUGGUGGGCCCAAGCUUCAGGCCCGGGGAGAAGGGUGAGCAGAGGGCAUGAGGGAGGGGUUCUAGACUCACCACCAGGAUGCCAUUACUGACGAGGCGCUCAGCACAGUCGGUCCUGGAAAGAGCCCCCAGUGACCCUUAGUGAGAACCCAGGUUCCCAUCCCCCAAGGAGGUCUGGGCUUUCCUCCUCCACCCCUGAUGCCUCCCAGGGAAGGGUGUCAGCUCUGGGUGCGCUGGGCUCUGUCCUUCCCAUAAGGAAUCACUCCCACCCGGGAACUGCCCCAUGGCCCGACUUACAGAUUCUGCAGCCGAAAUUCAACUUCCAGCUGCCCCUUGCCCUGGAGAGAGAAAGAAGCAAGUUCGAAACGGUGAGGAGUACGUGUGUGUGUAGGUCCCAACCCAGACACCUGGGCUGCUGCGGUCCCAGUGGUGAGGAGAGCCACUGGCCACCUUCCCUGGACUGCUCCAAGAAAGCUGCCCUUGGCCUAGGGGACAAGACAGAGGGUCGGGGACAGGACUGCUCUUUGGUGGACAGGAGCUCCUCGCUGACAGAGGCCUCUGGGAUGCCAGGGAAGCCUGGACACUCACUGGAGAAGAAAGCCAUGUACCUGGCUACCCUCCAAAGCAUCCCCUCCCCAGGGCUGAAGCCCUCCACUGCCUGCACACAGCCUUGCCUGAGGGUUCAGCGAGAAGCUCUCACGCCGGGACUCCCCAGCCCGCAAAGUCCCCACGUCAAACAGCACUGACAACAGAGGGUCAUCCUUGGUCAGAAGGUCCUGGUCAAAGACUUUGAGUUGCACGAUGUUCUGAAAGGGGAACAGAGUGAGGGGGCUGCAGGAAG